AUGUUCUUAACACGAAGCGAAUACGAUAGAGGUGUCUCAACAUUCUCACCGGAGGGCCGUCUAUUCCAAGUCGAAUACUCCCUUGAAGCCAUCAAGCUCGGCUCUACAGCAAUUGGAAUACAAACCAGUGAAGGUGUCAUCUUGGGUGUUGAAAAGCGUGUUACUUCAUCCUUACUCGAAUCCAGCUCCAUUGAAAAGAUUGUUGAAAUCGACCACCACAUUGGUUGUGCCAUGAGUGGAUUAACAGCAGAUGCACGCUCAAUGAUUGAUCAUGCACGUGUACUGAGUCUCACGCAUAACUUGUACUACGAUGAACAAAUUGGUGUUGAGAGCUUGACUCAAAACGUGUGUGACUUGGCAUUGAGAUUCGGUGAAGGUGCUAGCGGUGAAAAGAGAUUAAUGUCAAGACCAUUUGGAGUUGCACUUUUAAUUGCCGGAGUUGAUAAACAAAAAGGACCACAAUUAUACCACGCCGAGCCAUCGGGGACUUUUUACAGGUACGAAGCCAAGGCGAUUGGUUCAGGAAGUGAAGGUGCUCAAGCAGAAUUGAAUAACGAAUACCACAAGAGUUUGACAUUGCAAGAGGCUGAGUUGUUGGCAUUGAAGAUAUUGAAACAAGUAAUGGAAGAGAAAUUGGACUGUAAAAAUGCCCAAUUGGCUAGUGUCACUAAAGAAGAUGGGUUCAAAAUUUAUAGCGAUGAAAAGACUGAUGCCAUCAUCAAAGUGUUGAAUGAGCAAGCAACAGAUGAAGACGCAUCAAUGAGUUAG